AUGAUAGUUAAAGAUCCAGGAGGAGGAGGAGGUGGUGAAAUAACGGCCAAAAAAAUCGCCCCCCUUAAAUUCCCAUAUACCGCCUACGUUCAAAUCGACGAUACAUCAUUACAUUUGGAACAUCCAGAUCGAUCCCACGUAGAAAAUGUGACGUUUUUCCAACCGCCGACAAAGUUAAAAAAAAAGAUGAUUUCGAGAGAGUCGUCAGCGGCGAUAUCGAUGCCAUUGAAAAAUUUACAAGAUGGCGACGGCGACGUGGUUUUACCUCUCGACGUAAAAUAUCCAGAAUAUUCGACGAUAUCAAAAAAAUCCGUCGCGGGUACGAGAGUCGUGGAACCAUCGUGCAAAAAUGCUUUCUCCAGCGGUGACGCGAGAAAAAAAUUAUCCAAAUCAAAUGUGAAAUUUCAUUUGUUGACGAACGGUCCUUUCAACGUGACCGAAACCGGAGGAAUUGUUUACGUUUCGAACAGAAAUUUAUUAAAAGAAUUUGUUUAUAGGAUAAAAGUAACGGGAACGUUUCCGAACGGUUACAGAUUUUUUUCAACUUUACAAAUCAACGUCACGGAUACGACGAAAUCGAUUUUUUUAACCGGAAAAGACGUUUGUCCAAAAUUAACGGAUGAAAAUUCAAGGUCGUCGUGUUCGGAAAAACGUAGCAAAACCGAGUGCGAAAAAACGUGCGGAGUCUCUUCUGGAGUCUUGAAAAAGUUUGAAAACGACGUGACGAUGACUCACGGUUGUUUUUGGAGAGAAAAUGACGAACCGGAAAAAUUAUCCAGAUAUUAUCAAACGUGUUCUCCGGAUUUGAACGCUUGUCCAGAUCGAUUUUGCGAUCCGUUGGAAAUUAUUUUUCCAAAAUCAUGUCCGCAAGAUUGCACGGAAUACGUUUUCGGUUCGGCGAACAAAGAAAAUCAUUUGCCGGGUAUAGCGAGCGCGACCGGCGUUUGUUCCUGCGACAACCGGCAAAAAUGUUUGUGCGUUUUAGAAACGUCAUCGAAACAAAACGAAAAACGUAAAACGAAACAAGAUUUUAAUGGAACGAUAGAAUUCCGACAGAGGGAAGCCAUAAGCGCAGUGAAAGCAUCUUACACGGAUUACUGCGGUACCGUUUGUCUCUUAUCCAUUUCCGGUGGCGGUAUGAUACUAGUCGGUGGGAUUUUUAUCAUUUUACUCAUGACGUAUCGGCGGAAAAUUAAAAAGAGAUAUUCGAAUCAACGUCCGCUCAAAGAAGACAUGGUAAAUAUAAAUUACGAAGAAUACGUUGAAAGACCCGGAGAAGUCGUGAUAAGGCCGUCCGUGCAAAACGGGACGAUAAAAGAAAUAUCCGAGCACUACGAUAAGAAGUGGGAAUUUCCCAGGUACAGAUUAACGAUCGAAGAGAUUUUAGGAGAGGGAGAAUUUGGAAAAGUUCUCAAAGCCAAAGCGGAUGGAAUCGGUGGAAAUCCGGGAUCGACGACCGUCGCCGUGAAAACGUUAAAAGACGACGCGAAAGAAACGGAAUUAUCCGAUUUGAUGUCCGAGUAUCAAUUGUUGAAAGAUAUUGAUCAUCCGAACGUUAUACACUUAUUGGGAGCCUGUACGAAAUCCGAUGGACCCGUUUAUAUAAUAAUAGAAUAUGCUAAACACGGAUCGUUGAGGAAUUAUCUUCGUAAGCACAGAGCCGCCAUCAUCGAACAACUCAAUCAUAAUGAUAACAACAUGGGAGUAGAAAAAAAUGUCACACCGAAAGAUUUGUUAACAUUUGCAUGGCAAAUUGCGAAAGGAAUGAAUUAUUUAACGGAUAUGAAGCUCGUGCAUAGAGAUUUAGCAGCGAGAAAUAUUCUCGUGGCAGAAGGUUUGAUAUGUAAAAUCUCAGAUUUCGGACUCACGAGAGACAUUUACGAAGAUGACACGUAUUUGAAAAGGAGUAAAGGAAGAGUGCCGGUUAAAUGGAUGGCAUUGGAAUCCCUCGCGGAUCACAUUUACACGACCAAAUCCGACGUUUGGAGUUACGGCGUCGUCCUAUGGGAAUUGGUGACGACGGGAGCGACGCCGUAUCCGGGAAUCGCAGCACAAAAUUUAUUUCACCUUUUGAAAAGGGGUUACAGAAUGGAAAAACCUCCGAAUUGUUCCAACGAACUCUAUCAGAUAUUGAAAUCGUGCUGGCAAGAAAAUCCCUCCCAUCGUCCCACGUUUAAUUGUUUGGUCGCGAAAUUCGAAGAAAUGUUGGGUGAGGGUAAAGAGUAUUUGGAUCUCAAUCCGAGAACGGUGGAAAACAAAACGUAUUUUAGUGAUUUUUGGAACGAUUUCGACAACGAAAACGACGUGUUCUUGCCGUCGAACGAAAGACUGGUGCAAAAUGAAAAAAAUGGAAGCGGAUUAUUUAAAGUUAAAUUCGAAAUGUUUGAAAAAUCAAAAUGCGACGUUUGCGAUUCGUCUCCGAACGUCGAAUGUUCGUGCGACGACGCGACCGCGAACGUUAUGAACGUUAAAUACGAAAAUGAAAAUCUAAUUCAAGUGCCACGUUACGAAAAUGACGGAAUGGAAGAUAACGGUUACGUUCAACCGACCGGAGAACCCAAAAUGUUUACUAACGACACGACCGUUGAAAAUCCUUCCUUCCACGACGUGUAA